AUGGUAGGUCGAAACUACAAUGCACAACGCAUAUAUCAACAAAUUGCUCCACUUAUCGAGAAUCCUUUUCGAAACGGUUCAAUUCAAUGUUAUGAUGAGAAAAAUCAAAUUGGACUUUGUUCAUCUAAUCAAGUAUGUGCUUUCAUUUUUGAUCAAAAAGGAAAUAAGGUUAAAUCACGUGGUUGUGCGCUAAAUACUCAAGGCAAAGUUUCGGUCUAUGAUGGAGAUUCUUAUACACAGUUCGAUAUUGAAUGCAAUCGUCCUUUAUGCAAUACUGAUGAAACAUUUCAACAAAUCAAAACUAUAUUAAUCGAACAUCGUUUAAUAGAUGUUAAUGGACGGCGAAUUGCAGCAGGAACAAAACAAAUGAUUUCCUAUCUUUUAAUGAUCUCAACUUUGAUUUUCAUUGUUGUUUAUUAUUUGUAA